AUGUUUUCCGCAAGAAGAUGCAUAUAUCUAAGUCGUGGAAACAUUCAGCAGAUGAUUAAGCGGUUCAUUGGGAAAUCAGAAAAUAUUUCAGAACAUGAUUACAUAGUAGUCGGAUCUGGUUCUGCUGGCAGCGUGAUUGCCAACAGGUUAGCAACGUUCAACAACCCCGAUAAAUCUUCCAACCAGGUUCUUCUUCUGGAAGCUGGUCCUUCAGACGACACGUGGAAAAUUAAAAUGCCUGCUGCUUUAGUGGAUAUUGUAAAAAAUGAAAAAUAUAGUGUAUGUUAUGAAACCACACCUCAGCCAAAUGCAAACAACAGAGUGUUUUCAUGGCCCAGAGGUAAAGUAAUGGGAGGUUGUUCUUCCUUGAACGCUAUGGUAUAUAUGAGAGGUCACCCAUACGAUUAUGAUCGUUGGGAACAAGAGGGAGCCAAGGGGUGGUCCUACGCCGACUGUUUGCCUUACUUCAAAAAAUCUCAAACUCAUCAAUUAGGAGGUGAUGAUUAUCGUGGUGACAGUGGACCGCUCUACGUGUCCAGAGGAAAAUGGAACAAUCCACUUUUUCGAGCUUUUGUUGAUGCUGGCUUGCAAGCUGGGUACCAACAUACAGAAGAUUGCAAUGGAUUUAAACAAGAAGGAUUUGGACAUUUUGACAUGACUCUGAAGAAUGGGAUGAGAUGCAGUACUUCUGCUGCUUAUAUCGAUCCUAUCAAAGCAAAAAGAAAUUUGAAAAUUUCCACAAAUUCGAUGGCAACGAAAGUGAUCGUUGAAGGCUCCAAGGCUGUUGGUGUUGAAUACAAGCAAAACGAUGCGACGAAAUAUGCCAGGGCUCGCAAAGAAGUAAUUUUGUGCGGUGGUUCAAUCAAUUCACCACAACUUCUACUGCUAUCUGGAAUCGGUAAUGCCGAUGAAUUGAGAAAGUUAGGAAUUCCUUGUGCUGCAAAUUUACCUGGGGUUGGAGAAAAUUUACAAGAUCAUUUAGAAGUAUGCAUUCAAUACAAAUGUUCGAAACCUGUGACUCUAUACAAAUAUCAGUGGAAAUUUCCUUGGAACAUGGUAACGGCAGGUCUUCAGUGGUUUAUUGCAAAGUCUGGUGCAGCUUCUACCACUUAUUUAGAGGCAGGUGCAUUCAUUAGAAGUAGCGCAGAGGCUGCCCACCCCGACAUUCAAAUUCACUUUUUGCCGGCAGUAGUAGUUGAUCACCCGCAGAAAUUUGGAACAUGCCACGCCUAUCAAGGUUUCACCGGAACUUUGAAAGUCACAAGCAGAGGAAAUUUAAAGCUUAAAUCCACCAGUCCAUUUGAUCCUCCUUUGAUCAAUCCAAAUUACUUACAAACAGAAAAAGAUGUUGUAGAUUUUAGAACAUGCGUUCGUCUCACAACAGAAGUUUUCUCCCAAAGAGCGUUCGACGACUAUAGAGAAUGUUUACUGGAUAAAAAUUUAAAAUUGAGCACAGAUGAUGAGAUUGACAGUUUUGUAAGGAGUACUUCUGAAACUGCGUAUCAUCCCUGCGGUACUGCCAAAAUGGGCUCUGAAAACGAUAAAAGUGCAGUUGUAGAUUCAAAAUGUCGUGUUUUAGGAAUAGACAAACUGAGAGUGGUCGAUGCUUCAAUCAUGCCAAGCAUUCUCAGUGGUAACUUGAACGCUCCGGUAAUAAUGAUGGCAGAGAAAGCAGCAGACAUGAUUUUGGGAGUUCCUCCUCUGCCCAAGUUGCAUGUUCCUGUUUGGAAACCAAAUGAUCCUACCAAGCAGAGAUAG